GCAGCUCCAGCACGGCCACCAGCGCCGCCAGCUCCAGCACAGCCACCUCGUCCAUCACAGGCAGCUCCAGCACGGGCAGCUCCCUCACAGGCAGCUCCAGCACAGCCACCUCCAGCACAGGCAGCUCCAGCACAGGCAGCUCCAGCACAGGCAUCGGCGCCAUGCAGUGAGGUGACAGGUGGCCAACCCAGCCCAGUGGACCAGGCAUCCAGCCAGCAGGCAUCCAGUCACCAGGAAUCCAGUUACGUGCCGGGUGACUACGUGCCAGGUGACGAGGCUGACAUUGCCAACGCCCCUUGGAGGAAAAGGUUGAGGGUUCCAGGGCCACCACCAGGACCACCUCCUCCUGAGAACAUGCCACAUGCGUGGCCUUGGCGUGGUGAUGAUUGGUGGCACAGCUGGUCCGGCGGCUGGUGGUCUGGCGACUGGUCAAGUGGCUGGGAGUCACAUGCGUCACAUGCCAAUUGGCAUGAUGACACACGGCAAGAGGAUGUCAAUGUGGAGCAGCAGGACCAGAACCAGGACCAGGUGGCACCUGACAAUCCUGCCGAUGUGACACAUGAUGGUGACGAGCCAGAUGCGCCAGAGUCGCCAGAGGAACCACGGCCACCUUCGCCACGUGGCCCGAUGAACUGGCUCCAGGAUGAUGAG